GCCCACUGCGCCAAAAGGGGCCGAGUCAGUCGUGAGGGCCAAAAAAUAACACAGACAUCAGCCACCGAGCAGGUCUUCUAUUAUAGCCUAACAGGUUUAUUCUUGAUCUGCCCCAUCCGCCUUGCAUUUGUACCCAUCCGGUUGCCGUCUUAUACUUGGUUCCCCCGUCCGUAUCGCUGUGAUUUUGUCCUCCAUUUUGCUCGAUAUUUUGGCAUUGACUUCAACGCCUGACCAACCUCCCAACAGUUGACUGAUGGGCCCCUAUUCCCCGUUAGAUGGGGGUGAAGGUCGCUCAGGCAUACCUCUGAGCCCAAGAACACCAGCAGCCAUGAAUUCCACUUCCAUGCCAAUGCCUCCUCCCGAGCCCCAGGGCUACGAGGGUAGCAGGCAACCGCAACCGCAACCGCAACCGCAGAAGUACCAGGACGAGCAGCAGCGGCAAAACGAGUCGGCCUUCACCCAUAUCUCCCGCCAGUCCAGCCCAUCGACUCGCCAGUUCAAAGGCUUCCCAGCCAAGAGGUCGUCCCGAAAGAAGGCCGUGAUGGGCCUGCUCAGCAGGUGGUUUGUGAUAGUGGUUCUCAUAGCCUCUAUUUACACCGUCCUCAUCACGUUUUCAAGCUUGGACGUACUCACCAAGACUAAGAAGCGUAUGUUUAACGCCCUCAUUACUGGCCUGUCUAUCGGGCUGGCUCUUAUGACGGUCAGCAUCAUGAACGGCGUCGUGUCGGAUCUGAGGUGGUGGAUCUUGAGCCGCAGGCACAGAUCGGCCCAAAAGGUUAAGAACAUUCUCCAUGCCCACAGCCUUAGCCGCGUGACAAUGCUCAUUCUGAGCUCCAAGAGGCCAUCCCUCUUGGCAGUCGCCGUCUCGUGGCUCCUGGUCGCCCUGGCGGCCCAAGUCGGGCUGGCAUCUGUCAAUCUCUGCUUUUCUAUCGAUAACAACGAAGAAAAGGCCUUGCUGCGCGAUGGCGAGGUGUUUAUUCCGAGACUUGACACCCUCGACACAGCAGCGCCUGCCGGCACCGUCCUGGCAGCCAGGCAAUACGCUGCCUAUAACCUGGGUGUCGUCUCACAGUCGUACAAGACGUCCGUCAACAACAAUUCGUUCCCCGAGCCAGCCAGCAUGUGGGGUUCGGACAACCCCAUGUUCUUCUGCUCAAUCGAUCCUCCUCUUUGCAACUACAUAUUCCACGAAAUUAACCCCAGAAGUGUCAACAACACGGACAGGAUCCCCAUCACCGUCACCACCGAGCGGCGGCUGCAGGUCAACACGGUCUGCGACAGCUUCAAGGUUGUCGCGGGCGGCGACGGCACGCAGUCAAUCAUAACAGUGCAGGUCUCGGCAACGCGCAAUCUGACCGUCGCCCUGCCAGUACGCGGCGGACUUGAGCAAAGCACCUUCAUAACCGAUACGCGAACAAACUGCGGCCCGCGGUGCAGCUACGUCACCGUCUUCGAGGCCAGCGAGCAGGAGUCGUGGUGGUACAACUGCACGACCGCGGUCGGCGAGGUGGAGAAGGCCACGAGGCCGGAGGAGGAGGUCGGCAGCGAGAUGGCGCGCCUGGCGGCGGCCGCGAUCGCCCUGCAGGGAUUCGCAUCCGUGACGGGUGACACGGCGACCAACCAGCCCAGGUCGGCCCAGCUGCCGGUCCAGGCGCAGGUGUACCCGGCCGGGUCGUUCUUUGGGGAGGCCAGGGCUGGAAAUUCACAGGCCUUGGCCUUGAUCAUGUCUAGGUUCGCCAUUGGCGUGAUUGGGGCCGCAGCCGAGUCCAACACCGGCAUCCUCGUGCCGGGAAAGCAGCCCGAGAUUGGCGUCAGGCUCAAGAUUGAGCAUUGGAAUUAUAUCCACCUCAUCUUUGGGGCCGUGUCGCUGGGUCUGUUGGUUCUUGGCAUCACCUGCGUCUUUCUCUCGCACAAGGUCGUCAUCCCCAAGGGCGGCCCCAUCGUGGAGGCACAGGUACUCAAGUCCAUGGUCAAAGUGGCCAUUGAAACCAUGGCCAACGAGCUGCAGGGCUCAGGGAUGAAAACCGAGAUCAAAGGCAAGGGCAAAACGUUGUGGAUAUACCGGGACACGUAUGUUGGCAACGGGGUCUAUGACCUUUAUAUGGAAGAGACUACGGUUCUCCAGGCAUAGCAGCCAGGCGCAUAUUGGGCGGCAGAUGGCAAGGCGGUUGAUUUCUUUUGCACGUUUAGCGACAUUAUCUAGGCUUCAUGCAUAUGCGGCGGCGCAGUUGGGGUUGAAGAACGGAACACUAAUCUCGUAACGAAUGAAUAUGAGCACGCGUUUACAUUG